GACCAUCCUAGGGCUAAAAUGGAGCUGCUGGGAUUCACUACGCUUGCUCUCGUGGUUUCUGUGACUUGCCUCGGCCUCCUUUCAGUGUGGACAAAAAUGCGCACUAGGGGGAGAUUGCCUCCGGGCCCCACCCCACUUCCCAUUAUUGGGAAUCUACUGCAACUGAACCUCAAGGACAUCCCUGCAUCGCUUUCCAAGCUGGCCAAAGAGUACGGGCCUGUUUACACGCUGUACUUUGGAACCUCUCCUACCGUGGUCCUACAUGGCUAUGAUGUGGUGAAGGAGGCGCUUCUCCAGCAAGGGGAUGAGUUCCUCGGGAGAGGACCUCUGCCCAUCAUCGAAGAUACCCAUAAGGGAUAUGGACUCAUUUUCAGUAAUGGAGAGAGGUGGAAAGUCAUGCGACGCUUCUCCCUCAUGACACUGAGGAACUUCGGGAUGGGGAAGAGAAGCCUAGAGGAGAGGGUGCAGGAGGAAGCCCGGUGCCUUGUGGAGGAAUUACAAAAAACAAAAGCUCAGCCCUUUGACCCCACCUUCAUCCUGGCCUGUGCUCCCUGCAACGUGAUCUGCUCCAUCCUUUUCAACGAUCGAUUCCAAUACAACGACAAGACGUUCCUCAACCUUAUGGAUCUUUUAAAUAAAAAUUUUCAACAAGUGAACUCCGUAUGGUGCCAGAUGUACAACCUUUGGCCAACGAUCAUAAAGUAUCUCCCUGGAAAGCAUAUAGAAUUUGCAAAAAGACUUGAUGGUGUUAAAAAUUUCAUUCUUGAAAAAGUGAAGGAACACCAGAAGUCUCUGGAUCCUGCCAACCCUCGGGACUACAUCGACUGUUUUCUCAGCAAGGUUGAGGAGGAGAAGGACAACCUGAAGUCUGAGUUCCAUCUGGAGAACUUGGCGGUCUGUGGGUCUAACUUGUUUACGGCAGGCACCGAGACAACCAGCACCACCCUGCGAUUCGGGCUCCUGCUCCUUAUGAAGUAUCCAGAGGUGCAAGCCAAAGUUCAUGAGGAACUUGACCGUGUGAUUGGACGCCACCAACCCCCCAGCAUGAAGGACAAGAUGAAGCUGCCUUACACCGAUGCUGUAUUGCAUGAGAUUCAAAGAUACAUCACUCUCCUUCCUUCCAGUCUGCCCCAUGCUGUGGUCCAGGACACAAAAUUCAGAGACUAUGUCAUCCCCAAGGGUACUGCUGUAUUCCCGAUGCUGUCUUCCAUCAUGUUGGAUCAAAAGGAGUUUGCCAACCCAGAGAAGUUUGAUCCAGGACACUUUCUGGAUAAAAAUGGCUGCUUCAAGAAAACAGACUACUUUGUUCCCUUCUCCCUUGGAAAGCGGGCCUGCGUUGGUGAGAGUUUGGCCCGGAUGGAGCUCUUCCUGUUCCUCACCACCCUUCUGCAAAAGUUUUCCAUGAAGAGUCUGGUGGAGCCCAAGGACCUUGACAUCAAGCCUAUUACUACCGGGAUUAUCAAUUUGCCGCCACCUUACAAGCUGUGCCUUGUUCCUAGAUAAGGGUUUAUCCUUCUAAUCAUUCAAAUCAAAGUAAUUGUUUCCUUUUUCUAUAAAUAGUCUCUUUAUGCUAAGCACUGCCUAGGCCAGAAACAUCAUGCAUGAAAACCACAUGGACAUUUAUUUCGAUUUAAAAAUCUGGGUCUUGAAAGCUUCCAGGACACAGGCAGUGUGUCUGUGUCCCUCAACUGCUCUAGAAACCAGGCCCCAAGCACAACUGACACCAGAUAUACAAGACCCUCAUCAGACGCUACCUACAAGUAGCACUGUGUGCUCUUCCGUGACUUUGGAAAUAGAAUUGUUUUCUGUCAUUGUUUCAACAGAGAAAUUAAUGUAAUGGCCUACGUACAUUUUCCUGUUCUCACUUAAAAGCAUUUACAUGAUUUGUGCCACAUUCACAAAAUAAAUUCUCACCCCGACAAUA